CUGCUGAAACUGCAUCCCUGACCUGCCUUUCCACGACCACCCUUUGACUGAGAAACCAGGGCAGGACAGUCCUACGCCGCGUUCCGUGGCCGCCCUCGAGCGAUGUGAAGCUGCGGCCGCAGAUGAGCCCCCGGGCUCUCCCAGCGCGGCGGCGGGAGCAGGGCGCACCGGUGCCCGGCCGUGGCCAGGGGUCACAGCCGAGGGCAGACUCGUCCCACCGCUCGUCGGGCGGCGGCCCCAGCCCCCGCGCCGGAGGGCGGCGCGGCCACGGCGCGGCAAAGCCGCGAGCGGCACUUAAAAAAAUCGUUUCCUUCCGGAGCGGCAGCGGCGGCCGCCACUUCCCCGGCGCGGCUCGGGCACCGGCGCCCUCCGGCGUGAGGCGCUCGGAAGCCGCGGAGGAAGCCAACUGAGCGGCAAGCGCGGAGCGGGGCGGCCGCCGCCGCGUGGAGGAGGCUGAGCGGUGGGAGGGGCGGGGAGGGACCAGCCGCCGCGGUGACAAGGUGCCAGCGGAGCGGAGGGGCCGCUGCUAGUGCUCAUCUGUCCUCGCCGCCGCCCUCCCGCCUAGAGAAGUUUGACUGGGGAGCAGCACAGCCGCCCGGGCCGCCGCGGCGGGGCAGGGAGGCGCGCCGGGAGUCGCUGCGCCCGUGGCCGCCGCGGGACGGGGGUCUCUUCCAGAGAGAGGCGGCGGGGACAGCGACGCUGCGGAAGCCGCCCCGCCCGCGCCAUGGCAGCGCGGUCCCGAAGACCCUGGCUGAGCGUGGUGCUGGGGUUGGUACUGGGCUUCACCGCCGCCUCCUGGCUCAUCGCCCCCAAAGUGGCAGAGCUGAGCGAGAAGAAGAGGCGCGGCGCCAGCCUUUGCUCCUACUACGGCCGCUCGGCGGGGCCGGGGGCGGCCGGGGGCGCGGCGGGCGGGCAGCAGGCGCCGCCGGAGGCAGCGGCGGUGCUGGGCGGCACGAGUUUCAGGAGCAGCCCCUGGGAGCUGCCACCGGCGGCGGCGGAGGGCACGGUCUCCAGCCCCGCCGCGGGCGGGGAAGGCGAGCCGGAGGAGGAGGAGGAAGGCGGCGAGAAACGGAGCGGCCGGACCGGCGUCAGCCACAACGGGAGCGGGGACUGGGGGGGCGCCCCCGGCUGUGCCAAGCCCCGCAACUUCCUCUACGUGGGGGUGAUGACGGCCCAGAAGUACCUGGGCAGCCGGGCCGUGGCGGCGCAGCGGACGUGGGCGCCCUCGGUGCCCGGCCGCGUGGAGUUCUUCUCCAGCCAGGGCUCCGCCGCACCCCCAGGGCUGCCACCGUUGCCCGUCGUCGCCCUGCCCGGUGUGGACGAUUCCUACCCGCCGCAGAAGAAGUCCUUCAUGAUGAUCAAGUACAUGCACGAUCACUACCUGGACAAAUACGAGUGGUUCAUGCGGGCGGACGACGACGUCUACAUUAAAGGCGAAAAACUGGAGGAGUUUCUUCGUUCACUGAACAGCAGUAAACCUCUGUAUUUGGGACAGACUGGUCUGGGUAAUAUUGAAGAACUUGGAAAACUUGGACUGGAGCCUGGAGAGAAUUUCUGCAUGGGAGGACCGGGAAUGAUCUUCAGCCGGGAGGUUCUCAGGAGGAUGGUGCCACAUAUAGGUGAAUGCCUUCGAGAAAUGUACACCACUCAUGAGGAUGUGGAGGUUGGCAGGUGUGUCCGAAGGUUUGGAGGAACACAGUGUGUUUGGUCGUAUGAGAUGCAGCAAUUGUUCCAUGAAAACUAUGAACACAACCGCAAGGGUUACAUUCAAGAUCUUCACAACAGCAAGAUCCACACAGCCAUUACACUUCAUCCAAACAAAAGACCAGCCUACCAAUACAGGCUGCACAAUUACAUAUUGAGUCGCAAAAUUUCUGAACUGCGCUAUCGGACCAUCCAGCUCCAUAGGGAAAGUGCCCUGAUGAGUAGGCUGAGUAACAGUGAAGUAAAUAAGGAAGAUCAGCUACUGGGAUUGAUGCCAUCUUUCAAUCAUUUCCAACCACAUGAAAGGGAUGAAGUUAUUGAAUGGGAGUUCCUGACAGGAAAAUUUCUUUACUCGAUGAUGGAGAACCAGCCACCCCGGCAGAGCCUUAGCAGUGUCCUGCGGGCUGCACUGGAUGACACUGUGAUGCAAGUCAUGGAAAUGAUAAAUGAGAACUCCAGAUCUAGAGGAAGGCUCAUUGACUUCAAGGAAAUACAGUAUGGCUACCGCAGGGUUGACCCUCUGCAUGGGGUAGAGUAUAUCCUGGAUUUACUGCUUUUGUACAAAAGGCACAAAGGAAGAAAAGUGACGGUUCCAGUGAGACGCCAUGCUUACCUUCAGCAAUUGUUUAGCAAACCUUUCUUCAAGGAAGCAGAGGAGCUGGAUGUAAGAAGCCUGCUGGAGGAUACUAACAUUGACACUCAGUCUUUCUCUUUUCUUUCGAAUUCUUUAAAGAUUUUUUCCUCAUCAUUCCAAGGCACCAAAGACAUUGGGGGACGCAGUGACAAGAAAAUACAUAUUCUUGUCCCUCUCACAGGAAGGUUUGACAUUUUCUCAAGAUUUAUGGAUAACUUUGAGAAGACGUGUCUGAUUACAAGGCAGAAUGUAAAGCUGGCAAUAAUUCUUUUCAGUUCCGAGUCAGGCCAAGACUCCAGGAAACACAUAGAGCUAAUGAAAGAAUACAACAUGAAGUAUCCUAAAGCAGAUAUGACCCUGAUUCCCAUGACAGGAAAGUUUUCUAGAGGUUUGGGUCUUGAAAUGGCCUCAUCUCGAUUUGACAAUGGCACUUUGCUGCUGUUCUGUGAUGUUGAUCUGGUAUUCACACCAGACUUCCUCCAGCGAUGCAGAGACAACACUAUUCAGGGAGAACAGGUUUACUACCCUAUCAUCUUUAGCCAAUAUGAUCCAAAAGUAACAUACAGAGGCCACCUUCCAGCUGACAGUAGCUUUGUUUUCACAAAAAGAACGGGGUUUUGGAGGGAGUACGGAUUUGGAAUUACCUGUAUUUACAAAAGUGAUCUACUUACCGCUGGUGGAUUUGAUACCUCAAUUCAAGGCUGGGGCCUUGAGGAUGUAGACCUGUUUACUAAAGUGAUAACAUCUGGCUUGAAGGCUUUCAGAAGUCAAGAAGUAGGAGUCGUCCAUAUUUUUCAUCCAGUUCAGUGUGACCCCAAUUUAGAUCCGAAACAAUAUAAAAUGUGUUUAGGGUCCAAAGCAAGUACAUUUGCCUCUACCAUGCAGCUCGCUGAACUCUGGCUACAGAAACAUUUGGGUGUCAGGUACAAUCGAACUGUCUCCUGACAUAUCAGCCCAUUUGUCUUCUUUAGGGGAGUUUACCUCAUUGUUGUUAUUAUUAUUUUAUUUUUCUGUCAUAGUUUUAAACUCCCUCAUCGUUGUCUUCCAAAGACUGUUGACCUCAAGCGGGAUGAGUCUGCUGUUCACUGAUGUUUCUUAUACCUACUGAACUCAUGAGGUGAAUUCCUUGAUAUUUCUUUAUUUGAAAUUCAGUCAAGUCACAGCAAUCGUAUGAUCCCAUGGAGGACAUCUAUGAUAAGAGACUGCAUCAGAAGAAUGUUCUCAUUCAGCUUUGGGAUGCACUAUCAUCUUUGUUGCAUUUCUCAGAUUUGAUGUGAUACAAAUAUUUACUGGUGAAGGUACCACAAAAGUGCUUUAUGCUUCUUCUGGGGAUGGAACUCUAUAAGAUAAACUUGAGUUUUAUAAUUUAUAUGAGGACUUAUAUGUAUAAAUGCUACUUUUCUUCAUCUUUAGAAUUUUUAAAGUAAAUGAAUAACUAUGAUUGUACCUUUAUUUUUUAAAAAAAAAGAAACGCUGAGGAGCUACUUGCAAAUACAACUGGUACUGGCUACCAAGGUCCUUAAAUGUCUUAUUAGAACAGGAAAUUCCUCAUGGUGAUUCAUUCCAAGUGUAAAUGAAGUUUAUUUUCACAAGGAACAGGAUUUAAUGAAAUGCUCAUUUACACUUUAGAAGAUUUGUGAACCAAUGUUUUUUAUUUGCAGACAAGAAGAAAACUAUGACUUAAUGUUUUAUUUAUGAUAAAGUACAGACAUAUAAUUCUCUUUUUUUGUAACACAUAGUAUAAGUUGCUGUUUCUGUUUUUAGAAUGAGUGUCUAAUACAUCAUUUUUCUUUUACAUUCCUUUCAUAAAGCUGCGCUUGAUACAGAGUGUUAGAAGUAUCUUUUUUUUUUUACAUUUUCUAUGAAUAUUGGUACUCAUUAGCAAUUUUUUGUUUAAAAAUAAAUGUAGAAUAAUAUUUUAAGUUUCAAAAUUUACUAUUGCUGGUCAAAGUUCCUUGCCAAUAUAUUUAUAUUAGUGGAGGUUAUAAGACUGUUUUAAGAUUUAUCUUUCUGGACAGCCUGAAGUUGUCAUAUUGUGGAUUCCCAGAGUAAAGUAUUUAAAAUGCACCCAACAUAAGAAAUAAUUAAAUAAAUUUUUGUGUUUUAGAGAAAUGUUUCUGUAGGGAUUUAUAUAUGUGUGUGUGUGUAUAUUUAGACAGACAGAGAGAAAGAUUAAUUUCGAAAUAUGUUCCACUUUUCAAUUCAGGCAGCAAUUUGUUACAGUCAUCAUUAUUUUUGCCACAUGCUUAGAAUGUUCCACGUUAUACUGUGAUAAUAGCUCAAAUGCAUACAAUAAACCAUCAGAAUUCAGCCAAACUUUAAUACGGUGGGUACAGCUAAUAACCUCAGUACCCUUGAUUUCAAACUGUAUUUCAAACACAGCUGUAUAAGAAAGAGUAAGCAAUUACUGAAUUUAAGUUUUCAGAUGCUUAAAAACAUUUUAAACUGUAACUGACUCCUUCUGUGUGUCCUUUCAAAAAAUAGCUAAGACACUGAAAUUCACUGACACAUCUACUUGUAUGAAAUUAUCCUGAUAUAUUUCCUAAGGCACCAGGAAGGUGUGUAAGUCAGUUAAUAUCUCUUACCUGAAGUUCUCUUUUCUGGAUUUACCAUGCAAGGAAAAAGGCAUCCCUCAAAAGGAAUGAGUAAACUCAGAAUAAAAGAACAGAUAGAAGGCAAUUUAUGGCUGUCUGCCCUCCCCAAGGACAUCUCCUGGCUUGUUAUACUCCUGGAGGCUCUUGCCUUACUAGCCUACUAUUGUUAGCUCCGGUGUCUGGAGAAAGUAAAAUUCAGUAUUACUUAUGAAAUAAUUAUCGGAAAGUGCUCUUUGAGUGCAAAGGUCAUAUUUUAUUCAAUUAGAGAACCAAGAACAAGGAACAUACAGUUUAUUCAAUCAAUCUCAAGUAACUGGUGGAGCUCAAAUUGCAAAUAUCAAAAAUUGAAUGCCUGUUGGUAAAUGUCUGUGAUGAUUUCAUAAACAGGAAAAAAAAAUAAUUAUUUACAAAGACAUCUAAGGGAAUCAUUGUUUGCUGGGUUGUAUUCCAGUGCUUAUUUCAAUUAUAUUUAAAUUAGUGGCCAGAAAGUGUUUGCUCAGCUCAAAGUAAAAUAGUAGAUUAGAACAAGAAAUUAAACCAAUCAUUCAGUGGGGAUAAAGAUGUAUACAUAGGGCUUGCAGGAUCAGGUCCUACAUGAUAUAAGCAAAAUGCUAGUAUCUACCAGUACAAAUAUUUAUUUAGUGUCUGACUGAUUCAUUUGUUUAUAUGAUGAAUUACUUUGUUAAAAACCUGAUUAUAAAUGUUUAUUAUGAAAUAUGUUGUAUUGUCUUUUGAAAUAACUAUCCUGAGAUAACUUGAUAACUUGUGUUAGUUUCUUUAAGGGAUAAUAUGCCUCUAAGGAGAUCGUAUUAAAAGAAAUAAAAGCACAAAAGUGUUAGAGUAAUGUUAUGGAUGUAUAUAGAUUAAGAUGGGAAUGUCUGUGCUAAUCAGCUGUUUGCUUUUAUCUAGUCUGAAUCAUAAUCUUGAUUGUAAAAUGAAAUUUUUAUGUGUAUAAUGUCCCAUUGUAAAUGCAUAACUAAUUAAUCCAUAAUAGAACAUAAUGACCAGUUUUUCCAAAAUCUCCUUGACGUGGGGAUAGGUUCCAUGAUUUCAUUGCUGGGAAGUAGGUUGUGAACUGCUGGAAUUUUGGCUUUUCAGACACUGCCUUUCACAGACACACACACAGAAACCUCAGAAAUCCCCAUACCACCCCCAUUGUGAAAUAUUUUCCCGUUCAGGGUACUUAAUUUAUCAGAGUAUUUGCAUCUUUUGGAUGAAGGAAAAGCGUUCAGGUUGGGCUUCCUAAGACUUGCUGAGUAUACUCUAGAGCAGGGUACUGGUUUUCCAGCUGGAGAAAGGCAGAGGGCCAGGCGGAGGUGUGAGACUCAGCCAUGGGAGUCAUCACCUUCUGCCCAUCACAUCCUUGCUGCCACCAACACUGCCUGGUGCCUCUCCCUGGAGUUGCAAACAGACAGCACAAGCCAACGCAGAAGAGCUCCACUUGCUGCCACCAGCUGCUUUUGGGAAGCAAACAGACCAUUUUAAUCAGGGCUUGGGAGGAGUGAAAGGAGGAUACCAAACUGAGGUUUCAUUGUGUGGGAGCAGCAGGGUAUGUUGUGUAGAUACUGUGUCUCCCUGUUCCCAGUUGGAAAGGGUGUCUGGUCGCACACCUAUUCCCUGCUUCCUCUCAAGGAGUGUUGUGAAGGAAUGGGCAAAAUCAGCAGUCCCUCCAUGCAGUGGGGCUGUUGGGCCUGGACCAUGUACUUGGAGUCCUACCUUAUCAUGGGACAUGUGGGGAAAAUCUGCCAAAUGGUCUUCCCAAAAAGCAGUACAGAGAAAGGCACUUUCUGCACUUAUCAAAGGCUAAAAGGAUAUGCACAGAAGUGCCUUCAGGGCCUUCAAAGCAGUGUGUGCUGAACAAUGCCUCAAGACUGUUGCAAAAAUUAUGAUGCUGGUAAAAACAGCUCAUAGGAGUGUACUGCAGAUCCUGAGGAACUGUGGAGACUUCCAAAGAGCAUUAGUUAACAACUACUUUCUUUAAAUAGAGCAAAUCAGCAAUUUAAACUUCUGGUUUCUUAAGAAGUAAUUCUAGUGAUUACUGAAGGCAUAGUUUGCCACAGAGAUUUUGCUCCGAAGAGUGCUGAGCUAUAAACAAAACGCAUGUGCAAUCUACAUCUGAUUUUCCUGCAACUUGAAAUCAGUUAAAAUUUUUUGAAAAAAAUAUGGACUAAGAAUUCUUGAGCCACUGACUGGAGGAAAGUUGUGUGUUUCUGCUCUAUUUUUUAAAGAGAAUCAGGUGAGAAGAAAAUAAAAUGCCUCAAGUAGUUAUGCAAAAGUCAAUCAUGAUGUGAGGGUGGCAGUGUUGAUUAUGGUCCUAAGCUGCAGGACAAUCAGAUGUUUCACAAAAGUCUAACUAUUUACAAUAACUGAAUAUCACUGAUGAUUAUACUCUGUCAUAGAUCUGUUAGUAACAUGUAAAUUUAACUCAGUCCAUUUUUAAUUCUCUCAUUUGUUAGAAGAAUUUUCUUUACAUUUGCUUCUGUUAGCAUUUAUUCACUUGAUUAAUAAGCUGGUUUUUAAUGACUCACUCUUUACUUCCUAUUUUUCUUUCCUUUGGUCUUCCCAUUUGUGGUAUGUAUUAACUACAGUAUUUGAAACUUUUGGAGCUAGCAUGAUAUUUCUAUUGUGUUGGUAUGAUGCCACUGCCAUAUAAAACUGCUGAACUAGAGUAUUUUGCCAAAUGAGUUUCCAGUCCUGGUUCCAAUUCUUUCCAGUUGCCUGUCACUGUAAGUUAAAAGUGCUCUGAAUAUUAUUACUUCAUCCCUUCAUCUGGUCUCCUUCACACUGGAAUCCCACCAAGGCAAGGAAAUGCAAAAACUUUCCAAUCCGUAAGUCUAGGAAAAUGAACCAAAUCUCUGGAUUUUCUUAAUCCCUUUUUAUUGUUUGGUUUGGGGUUUUUUGCACUUUCAAAUAUUUUAUCUAGAAUUCCAGAAGCAUAUUGAUCAGGUCCAUAAUUUUAAUAAAGUAAAUAAUGGUCAUUAAGGUAUAAGCAUAUGGACUGUAUGAUACAAAGUGUAAUUUUGCAUCCUUGUUUUCUAGGUACCUAUUUACUAGAGAGGUGUUUGCCAUUUGUAGGAACCUUGAAGAUAAAAUGAAGGCAUCCUUGAUGAUUUAGCUUUAUUUAACAUUAGUGGAAAGCUUAACCAUGUAGGCAGAGAUCAAGUGUUGCACUAUUUGCCAUAGGCUUCUGGAUUUUGUUUCUUUUGUAGUGCUGGUGGGAAGAUCCUUAGCUCCAGGCAGGAUACUUCUAGUGUGGUAGUAUUCUUCACAGUUCAGCCAUGUCUAGCAAUUAUUUUAAGUAACUGCAAAGCUAUGGACAUAGCAUCCAGGUUCAUACAGCGGCCAAAACUUACUGGACUUACCUAAACCUUUGAGAGACUGAUCCUUAGAUUCAGAGGGCCUCUCGUGUGGCAUAGUCAGAUGGUAGGUGCAUGGGUCAAAUACAUCUGCUGCAACAACUUCUGGUCACAGCCAUUGAAGGAGGUACCAGCAAUGCAAUGAGCUCUGUGAAGAUAGUCCUAAUAAAAAGAUGUAUGGCAUCUAACAGGUGCCAAAUACUUUAACUUAGGUAAAUUGCCCUUAAGUUAUUUAAAUACACACACGCAAGAUAGAAAGAAUAAAAUGAAUGAUCAGAAAAAAAAUGAUUGUGCUUGAGAUCAUUAACAUUUUUAUUAUUUGUUAUUUGGGAAGCCUCUAUGACUUGCUGUUGCCCUUGUUUAUGGUAAUAUGGAGGAAUAAACUAUACUUAUUUUACACAUUUGUCCAUACACUGCUGACUAAAGGAAAGAUGAAUAAAUGCUUUGAGGAUGGUGGUUGAACCAUGAGUGACUGGAGAGAGAACUGUUGGGCAUAGUUCAUCCUCAAAACCAACACUCAGAUCUGCUCCCAGGUAAGGACAAUUGUUUUAGCUGGCUGACUUGAACAGAUGUAGGAAGUAGAAGCCUGAGUUUCUACAAAGCAUCAUGGCAUCUGGGGAUCCACCUUCAUGCUUCUAAUGUGUGACUGCGUGGAGCAGUCCAAACCCAGUGCUGCCAUCAGCUGAAGAAAAAUGAGGAAUGCAGUUAAGUGAGGAGUGCAGUAAAAAGUGUUUCAUGGGUGGCAGGAUGGAGAGGAAUUACGUAAAUCCAGAGAGGUGUGUGUGCCCAUGUUACGCUAACAGAGUGUAACACAAAAAUUGUUUUAAAGCAGAACUUAGCUUUGCUGUCUUCCUGAAAGCUGUUUGCCUUGCUUUGCAUUCCUCUUCUACAUAAAAUGACAAAUGCUGAAGCCAUGUGGGGCAAUACCAAAACUAUAGACCUUUCACGCCUCGUUUGUUCUGACCAGCAAGCCCAGGUUCACUGCAAUGAUACUUUAGCUGGCAAUUACGAAUUUUUCUUGGUCUCUUUAGACUUGAGACACUUUAUAGUUAUUUAACUGGGAGUGAAAUAAUUGACAGCCUUGUUCUAUUUGUGCCUAAGAUGAUCUAGUCUUUCCACUAUAACUUCAUAUAUCACACUGUUAUGUGUCACAUCACUACUUUAAAUGAGAAAGAAUUUCUUUAAGCAAAGGCUUCUGGACAGUAGUAUACACCUGGUGUAACCUUGCAAGCAGAGCUACAUGGUUGAAAUAAAGUAUGUUCAUCUGUGGUCUUUUAUUUGCUGCAUUGAUACAAUUGUUUUACUUGAUUAGAAAUACAAAAUGAAGAUGAGUUAUGAGUGAAUGUUUUCUGUUGACAAAGCUGAGCACAUUUAUUUAAAUAGCUGAAGCCAAGUGAUGAGCCAUACACCCGGCAUGUGCUGAUACUGGAGAAUGGCCAGAGAGUAUAGGUGUUUUUAACAAAACAAGUUAUAGGAAGAUGUGUCCAGUAAAAGUGAAUGAGAAAUGCUGUGUUUUCCAUUCCAGAACUGCCAGUAGCAGGUGAUUUGUAUUGCUUGUAGAAUUAUAUCAGUAAUAACUUCUGCCAUGAUCAACAAGUGUUUAAGGGAAGGACGCAAGGACAGAUCCCUGGAUCUUGCCCUCAUGUACAGAAGAGACCAGAGAGACCAAGAUUUAGCCCAGAAGACUCUUAGAAGAAACCUUGCUCUGAUAGAAAAUGGGACUGGGCAAAGAAGGAAGCAUGCAAGAAACCAAAUAUUCCCUUUUUUUUCUUCAUGCUUGACAUGUUGCCAUGUUCCACAGGGAGCCACCAGGUCUCCCUGCACUCAGCUGGGCACCAUUUGAGGAAGCCCAUUCAUUAAGCCCUGAGGAAAGAAAGCAUAAGUGCUGUGUAUGUGACAGGAGCAAAUACUCAUGGGUGAUGAGAAGGAAAGUGCAUGGGAAGUUAUGUAAGGAGCCAAGAGAAUGGAUUAUUCUUUUUUUUGCCUUGUGAAGUAGAAAUUUAGUCUAUGGGUAACCAAUUUUACUCACCUUGAUUUGUAAAGAGAAGAGCCAGUUAUAAACAGAGGAAGAAAUAUGAGGACAUAUAUUUGAAAGGAAGAAGAUACAGACACAAUGCAGGAGACAAGAGUACCUGUGUAAACAUGAAAUUUAAUUAAAGUAGACAUUAAAGUAGAUGGGAAAAAUAGCACAAGCAAUAGAAGGAAAAAACUGCAGGAAGGAAAGAAGAGCUUAGAAAGGUUUAAUAAAAAACAACUAAAGGACUAGCACAGAUGUAACCAUUAAGCAAUGGUACAGAGUGCUUUGCAGUGCUGCUUGAGAAACAUGGGAAAAGUUACAGGAAACAUUUCUGCAGCACUGCAUGCCACUGCUUUACCUGGGGGUGGCUUAAGAAGCAAAUGUCAAGCUAAUAUUAAAAUAUUUCCACUUCUGUUUGCUUUUUAUCAGAGAAUAAAAUACCUGUGUUUGUCUUCCUGUUGGUUUGCCCCAACCCUGUGGUAAACAUCUAUUCCAGUGCUGUGUUAUUGGGAUUUUCUUUUUCUGAACAGCAUAAAUAAGAUGGGAGAGCCGUCUUUAAUACUAACAGUUGGAGCUUAGUGGUAGAUAAAUGGCAAUACCAAUGUUACAGUACAUCUUCUGAAUUGUAUUUGGUUUGUAAUUGAGAUUAUAUUGUCUUCUAAUUAGAAACUUCUGUUUGUUAGUACUCAGAGGUUAAGCCCACUAGAGCAGGCUCCUGCUGGCUUGAUCACAAAUUCUCCCCACAGAUAUUUUCCUAUGAGCAUACAGAAAGACUGUUUAGUUCCCUUUACCUCUCAUAGAGCCAUUCCCUCUACAAAAAAAAAAAGGUAUAAAGAUUGUUGAACUCUCAAAACCAGUGCUGAGUAACCUCUUAUCUAUUUUCCUACAGUUGCUUACUUGAACUCAAGUCAGCAUCUGUAAGGUGGUUUUGUUUUUUUCUUUUCAUGGUAAAUGGAUCUGCAAAUAAAUACAGCUUAUAUAAUGCUGAUUUAUCUAAUUUUUAAUUUUGUUUACUUUUUUCUUCAGCAGCUAGGGUUUCAAGUGUUGAAAGGAUGAGCAUGAAUUUUGAGUCCCAUUAUCUAGUUCUUUUUGGGUCCUAAAAAUGAACCCAGCAUUGUUUGGAAAUAUGACCAUCACUCAAUUCACUAAGACUAUGCACUGUAAUGUAGUGCAGCCCAAAAGUCUUUUUUGUUAUAUUUUAUCUCCAGGAAAUCUAGCAUUCUGCCAGUGCAAUAUAAUGAAAAGCAAGAAAGCUGAGCCAUUAAUGUUAUUCUAGAUACACGAAGAAGUGUGCUGCUGAGAACGUGGAAGGCUAAUCCUCUUCAAGCUGUUGUUCUUAAAAUGAAGAGGGACUAUGGACUCCAGCAGCAAGGGCAACUCUGGAAGUACAUGUUUAUGCCAUUCUUUAUCCUUCUCAUUUCAAACUACAUGUUUUUAUCCUUCAUGUGGAAAUACUGCAUUUUUUUCCAGACUCUCUAGUAUGUGCUUGCUGCUAAAUGCAUUGCUUUGUGACAAAACAAUUACAUAGGCUUCUUCACAACACUCCUAUCAAAGUAGAAAAGAACAGGGACGUAUCAGUAUAGUUUGCAAAUGAAUGCUCUUCACACAUUUUCUUCUGUUCUUCUUCUUUCUAACUGGAAAAUUACAUAUUCAAAAGCUCUAAAGCUAAUUACAGUUAGAUUCCUUAAAUGGAAAUAGGUAACUUUAAAUUUGUCAGACUGUGAGCAUUUGUCAGGACAUUCUGAAUUUUAAAGAGACAAUUGUGUCUCUGUUUUUUUCCCUAGUUCCCAUUACAAGGAGCUCUGAACCCUCCACUCAAGGAGGUCAGUCGGGCUACCAUAAUGGAAAUGCUAUUUUCCUGAGUCAGUAAUUUCUGUUCUCUUUGUAAGCAAAAUACGACACAGCAUUAUCACUUAGGAUCAGCAUAGGAACAGACAAGCAUGAAUAAGUUCAGAAUUAGUUAUAAAGUGGUUGCAGGAAAGGUAUGCUGAAGGUGUCCCCUCCAUCCUUACCCCUGUUCUGUAAUUGUAGUGAAUGCUAUCAGAUGCUGUCAGCCAACUGACAUUGUGAUGCUGAAACCACAUUUCUUUCCAGGAGUCACUUAUUUUAAACACAGAAGCUGUCAAACUGAAAGGGAAUAUACCAGCACUAAAAAUGCUAUCACUAAUUACUAUGGCAACUCUGAAAAUUCUGAUGUUAAUAUUAGAUACUUUGGUCUGGAGAAAAAAACCCAACUUAAUAAAAUUUGAUGUAUCUUACUUAUAGUAAAAAUAUUUAAGCAUAAGUACAUGCUUUUCAUACAAAAUAUUUAAAUCCAAAUAGAAAUCCUAAACACAAACUGAUUUAGAUCUGUAAUCUGUGAAAAAAUGUAAAUAUGAAGAAAAAUAUUCUACAGAUGUGUUUUGUGGGUAGAGUUGAGAAAUGCAGUUUGGAAAGUGGCAGCAAUUACCUUGAACUCAUGAGUAUCUCACCAGUUAUUAAAAUGUUCUGUUUCUAAAAUCACCAACAGCAAUGCUCUGUAUGGAGAAGUAAAAACUUGUAAAAUGUCAUCAAUUGAAAUAAACAGAGGAAUGUCAAGGCUUCA